CCACAUCCACCUAGACCAUGCCAGACCGUGGCCAGCCACGUGCUACUACAGCAGCCUUUUUCUUUUCAGCUCAGGUUAUUGUGGACAUUCUCCGGAAGACAGACGGGAAGAUCCUGAUGUUCUCUGAACAUCUUCAGGGUCUCUGGGAUGACAUGUGUGAUCUGAGAUAACACCAGUCCAGUAAGGAAUGUGUUUUGUAACCGUGACGCACGGCAUGCUAAUUUUAGUUGGCUGCCCUUUCGUGAUGAAAACGUCAACCAAGUUAAGUGUUUUCGUGUACAUUGUUAAGGUAACACAACGCAGGUAUUCGCUGUGCGUUGGUCGCAUUGUGCCCUUUAAUUUCUAGUACAUUAAAAUGACAAAUGACAAAUUCUAAAAAAAUAUCAAAAUGUGUGUCGGUACGGUACCUACAUGACUUCAAGAAUAUGAACAACCAGACCCAGAAGGAAAGGAAAGCAAAGUUCGCUCUUGCGCUUUGUACUGCAUCUGGAUGCCGUUUGGAAAACGUCUGCCUGAGUCCCCUCUGGUAGUUAAAUCACUCGAAUCGUGAAGAUUAUGGUCGAAUCCAACACUUGACGAGCAUGGGCAGGACUGGACAUCUUCUGCAGUUCACUCCGGGAAGCUGCUGAGCUCCUAGCAUCACCAUUACGCACAGGGAGUUACAUACGGCACCUGCUGGGACGAACGCGCGACCAGUCACUUUCCGGAGCUUAGGACAGCAUACAUAAUUGUAAGACACACUUAUAUAUAUUUGCGAAGGGAAAACGGCUGCCUGAAUGUCAACAAAAAGCAGAAAGUAUCAAAAACGCGUGUCCUUCUCGGAAGAUGAAAAUGAGAAAGACUGGAAAGAAGAGAACGGUGGCGUGGAUGCGCAUUUCAUAAAAUCCGUGAAAACGGUCCAAGAUUCGUCUGGAUAUUACCACCAUAACAUCGGUGACACGGACAACCCGGCGCAGCGGCGUCACGGCGUGAUGCGGGAGAAGGGGCGUCGCCAGGCGGUGCGCGGCCCGGCGUUCAUGUUCAACGACCGCGGCACCAGCCUGACGGCGGAGGAGGAGCGCUUCCUGGACGCGGCCGAGUACGGCAACAUCCCCGUGGUGCGCAAGAUGCUGGACGAGUCGCCCACCCUCAACGUCAACAGCGUGGACUACAUGGGCCAGAAUGCACUGCAGCUGGCGGUGGGCAACGAGCACCUGGAGGUGACCGAGCUGCUCCUGAAGAAGGACAACCUGGCGCGCAUCGGCGACGCCCUCCUGCUGGGCAUCAGCAAGGGGUACGUGCGCAUCGUGGAGGCCAUCCUCAACCACCCGUCCUUCGCCGCCGGCGAGCGCCUCACCCAGAGCCCCUGCCAGCUGCAGGACGACGACUUCUACUCCUACGACGAGGACGGCACGCGCUUCUCGCCCGACAUCACGCCCGUCAUCCUGGCCGCGCACUGCCAGAAGUACGAGGUGGUGCACAUGCUGCUGACCAAGGGCGCGCGCAUCGAGCGGCCGCACGACUACUUCUGCAAGUGCGCCGACUGCACCGAGAAGCAGCGCAAGGACUCCUUCAGCCACUCCCGCUCGCGCAUCAACGCCUACCGCGGCCUGGCCAGCCCCGCCUACCUCUCGCUGUCCAGCGAGGACCCCGUCCUCACCGCCCUGGAGCUCAGCAACGAGCUGGCCAAGCUGGCCAACAUCGAGAAGGAGUUCAAGAACGACUAUCGCAAGCUGUCCAUGCAGUGCAAGGACUUUGUGGUGGGGGUGCUGGACCUGUGCAGGGACUCGGAGGAGGUGGAGGCCAUCUUGAACGGCGACGUGAGCCUGGAGCUGCAGCAGGGCCAGACCCACAGGGCCCUCCUCAGCCGCGUCAAGAUGGCCAUCAAGUACGAGGUCAAAAAGUUUGUUGCUCAUCCCAACUGCCAGCAGCAGCUUCUCACCAUCUGGUAUGAGAACCUGACAGGCCUCAGGGAGCAAGCCAUCGCGGUCAAGUGUCUGGUGGUCCUGGCGGUGGCUCUGGGCCUGCCGCUUCUGGCUGUCUGCUAUUGGUUCGCACCCUGCAGUAAGCUGGGGAGGAUCCUGCGCAGCCCCUUCAUGAAGUUUGUGGCCCACGCCGCCUCCUUCAUCAUCUUCCUCUGCCUCCUGGUGUUCAACGCCUCGGACCGCUUCGAGGGGAUCAGCACCAUGCCCAACGUAACCGUCACGGACUACCCCACCCAGAUCUUCCGGGUCAAGACCACACGCUUCAGCUGGACCGAGAUCCUCAUCAUGGUGUGGGUGGCAGGGAUGAUGUGGUCGGAGUGUAAGGAGCUGUGGAUGGAGGGCCCCAGGGAGUACAUCCUGCAGCUGUGGAACGUUCUGGACUUCGGCAUGCUCUCCAUCUUCAUCGCCGCCUUCACCGCCCGCUUCCUGGCCUUCCUCCAGGCUACCAAGGCCCAGCAGUACGUAGACGAGAAGAUCCACGCCAACGACCUCUCCCUGGUGACCCUCCCGCCAGACAUAGAGUACUUUACCUACGCGAGGGAUAAGUGGCUGCCCUCGGACCCCCAGCUGAUCUCCGAGGGUCUGUACGCCAUCGCUGUGGUGCUGAGCUUCUCACGCAUCGCCUACAUCCUGCCGGCCAAUGAGAGCUUCGGACCCCUGCAGAUCUCUCUGGGACGAACCGUCAAGGACAUCUUCAAGUUCAUGGUGCUCUUCAUCAUGGUGUUCCUCGCCUUCAUGAUUGGCAUGUUCAUACUGUACUCCUAUUACCUGGGAGCCAAGGUCAACCCCGCCUUUACCACGGUUGAGGAGAGUUUUAAGACGCUGUUCUGGUCUAUAUUUGGGCUGUCUGAAGUGUCGUCCGUGGUGCUGAAGUACGACCACAAGUUCAUAGAGAACAUUGGCUACGUGCUCUAUGGGAUUUACAACGUCACAAUGGUGGUGGUGCUGCUCAAUAUGCUGAUCGCCAUGAUCAACAGCUCCUACCAAGAGAUCGAGGACGACUCGGACGUGGAGUGGAAGUUCGCUCGCACCAAGCUGUGGCUGUCCUACUUUGACAACGGGAAGACCCUGCCGCCCCCGUACAGCCUCGUCCCCAGCCCCAAAUCCUUCUUCCAGUGCGUCAGGCGGGUCGUCGGCCUGUUCCGCUGCAAGAAGCAGAGGCUGAGGAAGGACCUGGAGCUCGGGACGGACAGCUCCAAGUCCAAGCUGAACCUCUUCUCCCAGUCGAACCUGCGCAUUUCAGAGUCCCAAAGCUUCAACAGCAUCCUGAACCAGCCCACACGCCAUCAGCCUACAGAGACUGCAGAAGGAAGGCAGGAGCUGACCAUCUUUCAAUCUCAACAGCAAAUAAUGAAGAGACUCAUCAAGCGCUACGUGCUGAAAGCACAGGUUGACAAAGAAAAUGAUGAGGUCAAUGAAGGGGAGCUGAAGGAGAUCAAACAGGACAUCUCCAGCCUUCGCUACGAACUCCUGGAGGACAAGUCCCAGGCAACGGCGGAGCUGUCUCAGCUCAUACAGAAACUCGGGGACAAGCUGAAAGCCACGGCGACGCGUUGCCAGUGACGACGCCGGCUGAGCGGAAAGGAACGUCGACCAAAGCAGCUAAAAACCCCCAAACCUGCUGAUUCGCCGAGACAGCGGGUUCACAUUCUGUGGACAGGGCAAGGAGGGGAUCAGGCAGCCAAACCGGACAGGACUAUAGUAGCUUCUUAACCAGUAAAAUCAGUGUAGCCUAGCUUCUUUUUCGGAGAGCGACUUAUUUAUGCAUUUAAAAAAAAAAUCGCUCUCUGUGGAUAAACUGCCUGCGAUAUACAGGGUUAUGUACAACAGUGUAAAUCUGAUGUUAAAUAGCACAAAUUAUGGCAAUAAGAAAUGCUACUGAACUCUUUGAAACUUAGUCUUGCUUUGUGGGUCACUUAAAUGCCCAUUUUAAGCAAUUUACAUGGCACAUGCCUCAAUAUUUUCUUUUUUAGGCAACCUCCUACCUUGUAGCCUUUCCAAGGUACAGUAACAGUAACAGUUUAGAUUACAGUGGCCUUCACUUAAAAGAUAGGGCUUCUUGCUUCCUAUAUAUGUAUCUUUUACUUACAAAUAUAAUUACCUCUACCUGUACACUUGUUAUUCAUUGACAGUAUUAUUUUUUUAUUUCACAGGAACCAUAGUACCUUUAUUAAUUAUUUUAUCCAGUUACUGUAAUUGUGUAUGUUUAUGAACAAUUAAUAUAAGUUUUGAGUUUGAGGAAUAUUGUGAGGUACAAAAUAUGUAUAUGUACGGACUGAAUAAUUUCCAUUUUCAUUUUUGUUAUUGAAUAUUUGAACUUUACCCAAACAAGAACUGCUGCCUGUGUUUUAAAACAAUGCAACAUUCUGUACAUAACUUUGGCCUCUUUAAUUCUUGUGUACCUAUAUUUGAAGUGGCAUAGUUUUGUGAAACUAUGCAUAAAUUACUGUCAUGUUUCUCUCAUGAAACUGCAUACAUUACUGUCAUGUUUCUCCCUUUUUAAGAUCAAUUUCUUUAUUUUUUUUAAAAUUAUGCAUAAGUACAAUGUAUCAUGCCGGACCAAUAGUUUCAUAUGUAUGUACUAUGCAGGGUAAAUAUUUGAUUUUGUUUUUCAAUGUUAAUAUGGGUAAACAUCCAAAAUAUGAAUGCUGGGCAAAUAACUUUGCAAUAAAUAGUUUUAUAUUA